AGACAUUGAAUUGGCACUGUACUGGAAGGGCAGUGCCGUUGCUCUCUAGGGGGGGGACUUGUGCCGCUUAAAAGAGUGCAUGACCAGGGGGUGGGCAGAGCUCCAACUUGAAAGCUGCGUUGGACAUGCACCACACGGAGGUGUCGACGUGCCGCCCGAUCUUGACGGCAAGCGCGAGUUCCCCUCAUCAUGUCGAGAACAACGGCGUCCCUCUGGCACGAUUCCACGACGCCCCAACAUCCCAUUAGCGUGUGUAGUGGAUGCUCGGGCCACUGUAUGAAGGCUGUCCCACCUGCCUUGCAACGGCCAUUUGGGCAAAGCGUGAGCUGCCCGCGUCCGAGUCGACACCGCCGUCGCUUCGCGCUGUCGCUGGCUACUUGUCUGAAUUACGUGAGGCGUCGAUUGCCUCCACAUGGCCCAUCCCCCCCCUGCACACAACUAGCGCGUGACGAUGGCGGUCGCCAGCGCAAUCGCGACCAUCCCCUGGCAUGCCCACUCUACACCCGGUUCCCGAUGGGGGCGAUGACUUGGCGCAACAGAGGAAAGCACCCACAGCUUGGCCCAUCAUCCCCCUUUCCAAGCGACACCUUCAGACAAACUCAGCCGCAUCAUCCUCGUACCAGAUAAUACAAGAACGCCCGGCGAGAUGUGCAAUCAAUCUUGCCUCCUUGCCAUGCUCCUCAACCGCCAUACGAGCUAG